CUGUCAUCAGAACCAACCAGAAGGCAAAAGGCUUAUGAUGUCAGCCAAAGAGGUUAACCUCCAGGACAGAGAGCAGAUGGAGAAGGAUGUAGAGUGAAUCUGUAGGACCAAAAGCAAGCUACCCAGCCCAGUGACCUUACUAUCUCUCUGGCACUUGCUGUGCAAGGGAUAGAGACUAAAGAUAUGGUCCACCUCUCAACUGACUCACAGCUGGGCUGGGAUGACAGUCCAAUAAACAGAUCUGCAACACAGUGCAUAAGCUAAAAAAGCUGAGUGAAGACAGUUUGACAAAGCAGCCUGAAGAAGUUUUUGAUGUAUUAGAGAAGCUUGGAGAAGGGUCUUAUGGAAGUGUAUUUAAAGCGAUACAUAAGGAAUCUGGUCAAGUUGUCGCAAUUAAACAAGUACCUGUUGAGUCAGAUCUUCAGGAAAUAAUCAAAGAAAUUUCCAUAAUGCAGCAAUGUGACAGCCCAUAUGUUGUAAAAUAUUAUGGCAGUUACUUCAAGAACACAGACCUCUGGAUUGUUAUGGAGUAUUGUGGAGCUGGCUCUGUCUCAGACAUAAUUAGAUUACGAAACAAGACAUUAACAGAAGACGAAAUUGCAACCAUUCUUAAAUCUACAUUGAAAGGACUCGAAUAUUUGCACUUUAUGAGAAAAAUACACAGAGAUAUAAAAGCUGGAAAUAUUCUCCUCAAUACAGAAGGCCAUGCAAAAUUGGCAGAUUUUGGAGUAGCUGGUCAAUUAACUGAUACAAUGGCAAAGCGUAAUACUGUGAUAGGAACUCCGUUUUGGAUGGCUCCUGAGGUAAUUCAAGAAAUAGGCUAUAACUGUGUGGCUGACAUCUGGUCCCUUGGUAUUACUUCUAUAGAAAUGGCUGAAGGAAAACCUCCUUAUGCUGAUAUACAUCCAAUGAGGGCUAUUUUUAUGAUUCCUACAAAUCCACCACCAACAUUCAGGAAGCCAGAACUUUGGUCUGAUGAUUUCACCGAUUUUGUUAAGAAGUGCUUAGUGAAGAAUCCUGAGCAGAGAGCUACUGCAACACAACUUUUACAGCAUCCUUUUAUCAAGAAUGCAAAACCUGUAUCAAUAUUAAGAGACCUGAUUACAGAAGCUAUGGAGAUCAAAGCUAAAAGACAUGAAGAACAGCAGCGAGAAUUGGAAGAGGAGGAAGAAAAUUCGGAUGAAGAUGAGCUGGAUUCCCACACCAUGGUGAAGACUAGUUCUGAGAGUGUCGGCACGAUGCGGGCCACAAGCACAAUGAGUGAAGGGGCACAGACCAUGAUUGAACAUAAUAGCACCAUGUUAGAAUCUGACUUGGGGACCAUGGUUAUAAACAGUGAGGAUGAAGAAGAAGAGGAUGGAACUAUGAAAAGAAAUGCAACUUCACCACAAGUACAAAGACCAUCUUUCAUGGACUACUUUGAUAAGCAGGACUUCAAGAAUAAGAGUCAUGAAAACUGUAAUCAGAACAUGCAUGAACCCUUUCCUAUGUCCAAAAAUGUUUUUCCUGAUAACUGGAAAGUUCCUCAAGAUGGAGACUUUGACUUUUUAAAAAAUCUAAGUUUAGAAGAACUACAGAUGCGGUUAAAAGCACUGGACCCUAUGAUGGAACGAGAAAUAGAAGAACUUCGUCAGAGAUACACUGCUAAAAGACAGCCCAUUCUGGAUGCAAUGGAUGCGAAGAAAAGAAGACAGCAAAACUUUUGAGUUUGGUUUCUUCUCUGUUUAGCUAUUCUGGAGAACAAGAAACCACUAAGAAUGGAAGAAAUAUUAGGGCUUUUUUUAAUCCCUAAGAUUUAUGCUCUACCAUUAGGCAAAGAUCAAAAACUGAUGAUGGUACAUACCCAGGUAAAUUCCCAAAAGGCUAAAUUUAUAAUUAUAUUCACUCUGUUUUCACUCUUACAUGAGAACAACAGAAAUGUAUUCUCUUUUUCUGUCGGCUGUAUACCAGAAAUAAAACUGGGUCAUAAUAUGAAGGUUGUGUUUAGAGACCUUGAAAAUCCAAAACUAUUGUUUAAUUGUAUAGCACUGAAGGGCUUUAUGUUACAAUAUUCUUUAUUCCUAUGUAGUAGUGUAUUUAUUGUAUCCCCUUAGGUAAACUUAUUUAUUUAUGCUAUUUCACUUUGUUUUGUUUUUAAAGGAUAAGAUCAGGAUAGCUUUGGUGAAGGUAGGGUCAUAUUAAUAGAUGAUAAUGUACAACCAAAUUAUACUUUAAGCAGGGAGAUAUAGGGUAUGUUCCUUGAUUUCCAAGAUAGUUUUCCAAUAAAAGCGAAGCAAUAAUGGCAGUAGUACUCCAAUGGACUAGGCCUUUUUAUAUUGAAGCAAUAAUUCCAUUUUUACCUUUUGAAAUUUUGUUUAAUCUUUUGAUUUUUGAUGUUUGGUACAAAUAGAACUAUAUAUAUUUAGGUCAAGCAAAGCUAUAAUGUUUAAAACCAAAGAAAUCAAUGGAACUCUUGCACAAAAUGUGUUUAAUAUUUUAAAAGAAAUGAAAACUUAAUACAAAUGUAAUUUGUUAAUAUUAUUUUGUGUUUCGUGUGUAGGUCUGAUAACUAAACUGAAUCAAACUGUAAUAACCUCAUCAAAUUUACUUCUCUGAAAAUAUACCCUUAUUGUCACAGGACUUUUUUUGUUGAUUUCAUUUAUUUUCUGGGAAUUGGUAAAUAUCAUGUGCCUGAUGAUAACACAAUAGCAAAAACAUUUUUACUGAACUGUGCAAGCCUUGGGGACUGAAAAAGAAGAUUAAAAUCAUUAAAAAGAAACUCAUUUCCACACUGAAUGAACAUUUGUAUGAUUGAACUGGGACCAGUCAUUUCCUAAGCUACAUAUGGCCAUCAUGACAGUGUUUGUUCUGUUGUGUGUUUAAUUACUACGUGUAAAUCAUAAAGAGAAAUAAAUUUUACUGUGCCACCCAGCA